GCUCUCUCUCCCAUCUCCAAUAUGCGAUCACUGUGCGCGGAUGGAGGUGACGUUCUUCAAAAUUGAUGCCAAACACUAAACAGUGCAAUCUGCGUGUUGAAGUUUGACUGCGCAUCGUCUUGUGUGGAAUGGGCAAUGGAAUGUGCUACAGCUUUGCAAUGAGACGUCUGUGGGUCUGUGUCUUGCUUGUGAGCAUCACCUGCCGUCUGAGCCUCUCUCAGGAUGUAACUGGAACUCCUAAAGAGGCCGAAUUAAAUGACAACAUUACCAUCUUCACGCGCAUCCUGGACGGACUGCUGGAUGGUUAUGACAACAGACUCCGCCCUGGACUGGGAGAAAAGGUGACAGAGAUCAAAACCAACAUCUUUGUCACAAGCUUCGGUCCAGUCUCUGACACUGAAAUGGAAUACACUAUUGAUGUGUUCUUCCGUCAAAGCUGGAAAGAUGAAAGACUUUGCUUUAAAGGCCCGAUGGAGAUGCUUCCCUUGAAUAAUCUUCUGGCCAGUAACAUCUGGACUCCGGACACCUUCUUCCUCAAUGGGAAGAAAUCCAUCGCACAUAAUAUGACUACCCCUAACAAGCUACUGCGGCUGAAAGAUGAUGGGACUCUGCUGUACACCAUGAGGCUGACUAUAUCAGCAGAAUGUCCCAUGCAACUGGAGGAUUUCCCAAUGGACGCCCAUGCUUGUCCCCUGAAAUUUGGAAGCUAUGCGUAUCCAGUCUCAGAGGUGGUUUACACGUGGACGCAGGGAGCAGCUAAGUCAGUGGUGGUGGCAGAGGAAGGCUCUCGGCUCAAUCAGUAUCAUCUGAUUGAUCAGACUGCAGGAACAGAGGACAUCUAUACCAGCCGAGGUCAAUACACCGUGAUGAUGGCACAUUUUUACCUGAAGAGGAAGAUUGGCUACUUUGUCAUCCAGACCUACAUGCCUUGCUUCAUGACUGUAAUCCUGUCACAGGUUUCCUUUUGGCUCAACCGGGAGUCCGUCCCAGCUCGAACCGUCUUUGGUGUGACCACAGUACUCACUAUGACCACUCUCAGCAUCAGUGCUCGAAACUCACUGCCUAAAGUGGCUUACGCUACUGCCAUGGACUGGUUCAUCGCAGUGUGCUAUGCUUUCGUCUUCUCAGCCCUCAUUGAGUUUGCCACAGUUAACUACUUCACCAAGAGGAGCUGGGCCUGGGAUGGAAAAAAGGCGAUGGAGGCGCAACAGCCCAAGAAGAAGGACCCUUUGGCUCUGUCUAAAAAGCCAAACAACACCUGUUCGGCCGGUAUGAAUUAUACAACCAACCUUACAAAGGACACAUCCAUCUCUACCAUUUCUAAUAGCACAGCUGUACAGCUCAAACCCUCUGAAACCAAGGCCCCAGACCCCAAAAAGACUUACAACAGCGUGAGCAAGAUUGACAAGAUGUCCAGGAUAGUGUUCCCGGUGCUGUUUGGGACCUUCAACCUGGUGUACUGGGCCACGUAUCUCAAUAGGGAACCAGUGAUCAAAGGAGCUGUGUAAGCUCAACGAUCAGAUUCAUUCAUCCUCCUGACAACCACUUCACGAUUCAUAACUGGAACGCAAUCAAAAUCAAUGCCAAGCACUUAGUCCUUGUAUCACAGAUAUGUUUUUUUUUUAGGUCACUGGAUUACAUUGCAUGUCUGUUGCUUCAGGAAAAUGUUGCCUUGAGUUUGUACAUGUAAGAUAUACAACCUUUUCUUAAAGACAGUUUCAUUCAUCUCAUUUUAGAACUCCAGUCACUGAUUAGUUUCUGCCAAAUUCUUUAAUUUUAAAAUUUUUAGCAUUUGGCAUUUAUAUUUUCUUCUUGAGUCUACAGUAGAUGAUGGUACAGCAAGGCCAAAUGCUAUGCAAAACAACAUUUUUACUGUGUUAUUACUCAAAAGCGGCUUUUACCUUUAUAACUCUUACUUUGUACAAAUGGGCUGGAGGUCCAGGAAUGCGAGGCUGGGCCCAGGCCCAUGGAACUUUGCUUCCUUGUUAUAAGCAGAUGAAUAGCCAUGCUAAAUGUGUUGCCUUCAGAGUGUGAUAACUCAUCAUGAAUGCACUGAAAUCUCCUGCAAUUACAUUUUCAGAAGCCAUUUUUCCAACUUUCAUUAAAUAAUUGACUCUUUUUGUUCAUUUUUUGCUACUUUUUUCUCAAUUUUGAAUGGCCAGUUUUCCAUAAAUGGGGACAGAUUUCAAGCUAAAGUGAUAGUGGCAGCUUCUGUUUCCAGGUCCCCAAGUUGAGAAUCCUGUAUGUAUGUGUGUACGUAGUUUAAGGAACAUGUAUAUAUGCCCUGCUUUUAGAAAAGCACCACUAAGCCAGUAAUGUUAGCUUCUAUGUUAUGCAUAUACAGCAACACAGUGUUACUCUAUCUAGCGCUUCAUUGACUGGAUAUUGAGAAAUUAGUAGAAUAGCUUGAGCUUUAGCAAUUUUGACAGAAUAUACAAUGCUUUUUUAAAACAUUUUGUUUUUUAGAUCAGUUUGUUGUUUCUAUAAGCUUUGACGAUACCUUGCAAAUAUUCUUGAUAAAUAUUUGGAUGCUUUAAGCAAGAUCACUUUUUUGUCAUAAUUUAGAGUAACUGCUGUAGUUAAGAGAGUGACUUGAGCUCAUUGGGAAGACAGAAAGUCACAAUGACCAAGUCAUUGUAUUAUGACCGUUAUUAUUUUACAAUCAUGAUUUGUUAUGUUUAUGGUUUCAGGCAAGAACAUGACGGGUGGAUUUGUCAUUAAAUUUUAUUUUAAAGGAAUAGUUUGCAAAAUCAAUAUAUUUACUUUCUUGU